CUCAGUCUCUCUCUCGCGAAUCACGCUCUCUGUCUCUCUGAUACUGUGCUUAAAGUCCUCUGUUGCAGAGUCUCCAAUAAUGGCGUUUUCUAAGCCACUACUAUUCUUUCUCUUCCUCGUUACGCUCUCCCUUUCCCGGGAAGUCGCUUCUACGUCUUCUUCCUCCUCCUCCUCCUCCUCCUCAGAGAACAAUGGUGGUGCACAUGAUGAACAACACUGUUCGGUCGACGAACUCAAAUCCACCGUCUCUUCUCUCCAAUCAAUCAUUAAGGAAAAGAAUGAAGAAUUGCAUAGCAAAGAGGAGCAGAUUCGAGUGUUGGAGUUAUAUAUCCGGGAGAAAUCUUACUUGUUUGAGAGUGACAUAGAUUUUUCUCAAUCUGAGAAUCCUGUGAAGCACGCUAGUGAAGCAGAAGAAAAGGUUUAUGAGCUUGAGAAACAGGUACUUGGACUUAAACGGGAAGUGGAGUUGCAACGUAAUAAGAGGCUCCAAGUGGAAGCUCGAGCUGAAAUCGCAGAUGAGAAAGUUGAAGACCUUAGCUCAAAGCUUGAAACUAUCGAUGUGAAGUGGUUCUUGUCUAAGCUUCGUCUUAACCCGACCGAAACUCAGUUGCAGGCAUAUUUAAUGACUCUAUGGCACCAACAUCUUAGCCCAAAUCUUCAUAUCACUCUUCAACAGGUUUCCUUGAAGAUUAACCAACUCUGGAAAUGGUCAGAGCCUCACAUUGAAACCAUGAACUCAAAAUGGAUUCCAAGCAUCAAAGAAGCUUAUGUAACGUUAACCAUUUAUUUAGAACCAAAGGUUCACUAUUUAACAGAGAAGUCCAUCGAGGUGUUAUCUUUGUCUAAGCAGGCUUUCACGCCACAUCUCAUCCAUGGCUUUGAUGUGUCACGCUACUAUCUUGAGGUAAUCAGAACACAUACAGCCCCAUACACAAGCAAGAUUAUGACCAUAGCGAAACCACACUUGGAGAAAGUACAAGUCGUCUUGGAGCCAUAUACCAAAAACGCAAGGCAUGGCUUUGAAAAGUUGGUUGAGUCCACCAAAAUCUACCACCAGCAGGCUCAAGAAAUGCUGAAGAACAAUGAGAUUACCAAACCGGUUGCUACCAUGGAUUUAGCUUGGGUUGGGGCCACAGCUUUGAUUGGUUUCCCUCUCAUAUUCAUCAUCAAAUUUCUUUCUGCAGUCUCCAAUCCUAAGGGGAAGAAGAGGUACAGCCAUAAGCAAGAACCAAGCACUGGAUAUCGCCGAGCCAAACGCCGUCAUCCUCACCAUUAAAACAAUGUAAACUAUAACUUCGGAGAUUAAAAAGGUGGUUUGUAUUUACCUUUUUGGACUUUCAGACUUAUUACAGUUAUUAGUUUUAGCUGAGUAAAUUGAGCAGAACUGUUCUCUCUCUCUCUAUGUAGUGACAAAUCUUAGAACAAGUUUUUCAGCCAAGAGGAGAGAAAGAAAAGAGUUGUAAAACUUUCUCACAUUAUACAAACAAAUACAUUAGUUGGGAAAUUGGACUAAGCAUGUUUAUCUCUCCAGGGCUCAAUUGGGCUUGUCCAAUUCGAGCUAAAAAGCCUUAGGUAAACGGGUCUAUACAUUUAGACUACUUUUUUUGGUUA